AUGAAGAUGUUAAUUUUAUCAAAGCUAUUCCUUCUCUCGGGAUUUUACCUGAUUCAAUGGAGCGAAGCCCAAAGAUCAGAUAUCACGCCGCGAAGUCUUAGCGAAAAGAAUCUUUGCGGCACGUACACAACUUGCAGUGAAUGCCUUCAACAAGCGGGAUGUGCCUGGUGUUCGAAAAAGGAUUUCUCAAACAAUGGGAAGCCUUUGUCUCGUUGCAAUCCCACUGAUUGGUACAGUUCAAAUAACGACCAUUUGUUGGAGGAGAGUUGCAGUAAUUUUGUAAUACACUCCACCAUCAACACGACAAUUGAAAUAAUAAAAGAUGACCCAUUGGGGAAUCAAGGGAACGGAAAUCAACUAAGGCCACAGAAAAUUCUUAUUCGGGCGGGUCCAAACAAGCCUAUCAACUUUCAAAUUAAAUUCAGAAGAGUCGCGGGAUACCCCGUGGAUCUCUAUUACAUCAUGGACCUCUCUACGUCGAUGAAACCCAGCAAAGAAAAAUUGGUCAAUCUGGCAGCUUCGUUGGCUGAAGCCAUGCGAAACAUCACAACUGAUUUUCGAAUGGGAUUUGGCUCAUUUAUCGACAAACCAAUGAGCCCUUUUGCAAACGAAAUUCAACCGUCGAAACCCUAUCUCUUCCGACAUCACAUGAAACUGUCGAGUGAUGCCACAACCUUUGCACUGCAAGUUAAUGGAGCCCCGACCUUUGACAACUUGGAUUCACCAGAAGGAGGUCUCGAGGCUUUAAUGCAAGCAGUCGUCUGCAAAAACGAAAUCGGCUGGAGGAGUAACUCACACCGACUGAUUAUUUUUUCAACUGAUGCACCUUAUCAUCUGGCAGGGGAUGGAAAGUUGGCUGGAAUCACGUCACCAAACGAUGAGAGCUGCCAUGUUUUCCAGGAUAGAGACGGUCGAUUUCAUUACGAUCAUUUUCGCUUGUUGGAUUACCCAAGCAUGGCUCAGAUUAGCCGUCAAAUCGCAAAUAAUUCGAUGAACGUUAUUUUUGCCGUUCCUUCAAACGUGAGGUUAAUUUACCAGGAUUUAAGUUCAAGACUUUUUGGAGCGUCAGUAGCAGAGUUGACCGACGAUUCGUCCAAUAUCGUGGCACUUGUUCAAGAGCAAUACAAUAAAAUCAGUUCUUCUGUGAAAAUGUCUCAUCGAGCGUCGAAAUAUGUUAGCGUCAGCUACUCGUCGUCUUGCUCCAGUAAUGGCCAAUCUAUUAAUACAAAUCGUUGUGAUGGAAUCAAAACAGGAUCUACAGUAACGUUCAACGUGACUAUCUCAGUGAAUAAAUGUCCAAAGGGAAACAAUUUUGAAGAAGUGAUCGAAUUCUUCCCGGUUGGUGUCAACGAAGUCGUGACAGUUGGAUUGGACGUGAUCUGCCAGUGUGGCUGCGAUGAAACUACGACUUCACAAAAUGAAUGUAGCGGUGCAGGUAAGUACAUGUGUGGUUACUGUGUCUGUAACCCGGGGUUUUCCGGAUCUUCGUGCGAAUGUGGGAGUGGCACUGAGCGAAAACCAAAUCCUUUGGCAAAGGGUUGUAAACCACCGCAUCAGGGAAAUUCUUCCGCUUUUCCUGAUUGCAGCGGUCGAGGAAGUUGCAUAUGUGAUGCAACGUGUAACUGCCGUUCACCUCCUGGUAGAAAAGUCUGGGGUGAUUAUUGUGAAUGUGAUGACUUUGCAUGCCCAAUUUCCCCAAUUAAUCAGCUAGUCUGCUCAGGACCCGAUCAAGGCACCUGUCCUUGUAACGGUGGCGGUGUUUGCGAAUGCUUACCUGGUUGGCAGGGUAACAGUUGUCAAUCUAAAUGUCCUGAAAACACGGAAACUUGUUAUGCAUCUGGAGAAAUCACCAAGGGCGCAAUGUGUUCUGAUCGCGGGACUUGCAAUUGCGGCCAAUGUUUGUGCAGUAAAACCAAAGAAGGGGAUCCCUAUACUGGGAAAUUCUGUGAAAUUCCACCGUGCAACGAACUAAAAGAGUGUGUCCAGUGCAAAGCAUUCAACACCGGGCCGUUGUCUGAAGACGGUUGCCGAAAUUGCGAAUUUAACGUCACAUUAGUCGAAGAAAUCAAAGAAACGAAAGAAGGUGAUCAAAUCUGCUCUUUCCAACAGUACCAGGAUGGAUUGUACUGCAACUUUUUUUUCGUCCACAACCGUCUGAAAAUGGAGUCAAAUAUUCCUGUCGGCGAAAAGGGUGAAUGUUCAGAACCGCCUAACAUUAUAGCUAUCGUAAGUGGUGUUGCUGGUGCUAUAUUAGCUAUUGGUCUCUUACUUUUACUACUGUGGAAAAUCUUGACGACAAUUCAUGAUCGCCUAGAAUAUGCAAAAUUUCUUCGUGAUCGCGAUCUUGCAAAAUGGCCACGAGGGGAAAAUCCGAUAUAUAAGCGACCAACUACCAUCUUUUUAAACCCCGCCUACUCGGUUGGCAACGAAGAAUAAAGUUUACCAGGAAUUUAAACCAAGAAGAAACUUUCUCUACACAUAGUGUCUCUCUUUGGGCUUAUUUGAACUUUCAAACGAUGUUGCAUGUGGACAAAUACCGAUUGUAACAUCCCUCCCAUAGUAAAAAAAAAAAAAAAAACAGUCAGGAAAAUCCAUUUGUUGUUCCACAUCCUUUCACUAUUGGCUACAAGCUCCCUUUCUUAUUUGCUUGUAAAUGUCUUUAAAAAUAAUAAAACAUGUAUAAAAACA